GACCCGGGAGGGCUAAAGCGGAAACAGGGGGAUUGCUGAGCAGGGAGGGCAGGUUCGCAAGCUGGGAACUACUAGGCGCGAGCGGACUGGGAGGAUCUGGAGGCGGCUGGGAGGAUCUGGUCGGAUAGAUGCCGCUUAGGUUGAAGCAAGGCAGAACCUGAAGGCGGGUAGCGAGGGAUGGGAUGCAGGGUAACCCUCCCCAUGGCGGGGCAAAGUGGAGAGCUGGCAGGGUAGGAUUGCUCUAGCGCUCGCCCUCGCCUCGUCAGCGCCUUAAAGCUGCUGCUUCAUUCAUAUCGAGGCUGAUAACAUCUGCAGCUGAAACCUUCUUUGGAGAACGCGUCCCUGAGGAUACGCGGAGUGCCAUUCCUUCAAAGUUAAGGCAGCUGGAUCGCCUUUCCCUUUGGGACUGGGAUGGGGUUCGCUGAUUCGAGGUGGAGCUCUGCUCCCUCUCGAACUCGCUUUGGGUAGCCAAGGGUUGCUGUCGAGGGAGUCUGUGGUCGAGUAAAUGAAUGAAUGAAAGCGGCUGUUCCCGGAGCAUGCACAGAGUGCUUAUUACCUCUGUUUGCUAAGGGAAGCGGGUAGUGCGUAAUCCUUGAGGCGUCAAGCUUCACAAAGCUUGGAGAUGAGUUUUUUUAAAAAAAAAUAAUAAUCCUAAUUUCUAACUAUAGAAAUUAAACGCGAAAACGUGCAGAACUAGGGGAGCAACAUAUAUUAAUGGCAGGAAGUGGCUCAGGCAGGAGCGAAGGGAUUAAGGAACAAUAGCUUUGGGGACAAGAAGCAGGAUGCGCGACUAUUCCGAAAGGAAGGUGAUUGUCAAGCUAUGUCUACCAACUUAAAAUACCUUUCUUUGGGCAUAUUAGUCUUUCAGACAACUAGUUUGGUGUUGACUAUGCGAUAUUCUCGGACACUGAAAGAAGAAGGACCUCGCUAUUUGUCUUCAACUGCAGUGGUCAUUGCUGAACUUUUGAAAAUUACAGCUUGCGUUUUGUUGGUUUACAAAGAUAGCAAGUGCAGCUUGCGAACUCUGAACAGAGUGUUACAUGAUGAAAUUCUUAACAAACCAAUGGAGACACUUAAACUUGCUAUUCCUUCUGGGAUUUACACUCUACAGAAUAACCUGCUCUAUGUUGCUUUAUCAAAUCUAGAUGCAGCCACUUACCAGGUCACAUAUCAGCUGAAAAUUCUCACAACUGCAUUAUUUUCCGUGUCAAUGCUCAGUAAGAAAUUAGGUGUAUAUCAAUGGCUUUCAUUAGUGAUUCUAAUGGCUGGUGUUGCAUUUGUACAGUGGCCAUCAGAUUUGCAGACAACAACAGCUAAAGAACUUUCAGCAGGAUCACAGCUUGUGGGCUUGGUAGCCGUACUUAUAGCCUGUUUUUCUAGUGGAUUUGCUGGAGUAUAUUUUGAAAAAAUUUUGAAAGAAACAAAACAAUCAGUAUGGAUUAGAAAUAUUCAGCUUGGAUUUUUUGGUAGUGUAUUUGGAUUGAUGGGCGUAUACAUUUAUGAUGGAGAACUUGUAUCAAAGAAUGGAUUUUUUCAAGGUUAUAACAAGCUUACUUGGAUAGUUGUAGUUCUGCAGGCACUUGGCGGCCUUGUUAUAGCAGCUGUCAUAAAAUAUGCAGACAAUAUUUUAAAAGGAUUUGCAACAUCAUUAUCUAUUAUAUUGUCAACAUUAAUUUCAUAUUUCUGGCUUCAAGAUUUUGUCCCUACAAGUGUAUUUUUUCUGGGAGCUGUUCUGGUAAUAGUUGCUACUUUCUUAUAUAGUUACGAUCCAAAGCCAACAGGAAAUCCUAUUAAAGCAUAACAGACUUUUCCAUGUCACAAUAUUUUGCCAAUAUUGUGGAAAAAGGACUUCUAAAUACUGUUGGAGGAUUAUCAGGCACUGAAAGAGUUUAUACUGUGUCAGAAGAAUGACAUUUAAAUAGUUAAAUUUGCAAAACAACUUCUUUAAAAGAAGGGAAGCCCAGAGCAAAACUUGAAUGGUUGCUUCUAGAACCUGGAACUAGAAGUGCUUCCAACUUGAACUCUACAGUUAAAUCAGAAUGAUUUACUAUUUUCGACAGCUGCAGAAAUGUCCUAUGCAUUCUUCUUGCAACAGCACAUGACAGCAUCUGUUAAAUCAUACCUGCUUUUGAAAGUUAUUUCAUCUUUUCUAAUUUUAUAUGAAUGCAGAUCUGUAUACACACACACAUGCUUCAAGUCAGAGAUAUAAAAUUUUGUCCUUGUCUUUUCCAUACUGAUGUCCUCCGGGUGUGUUGGAGUUUGGAUUUUAUAACCUACCAAACAAUAAAUUCACCAGACUGGCUGGAAGUUAUGGAAUCAAAGUAUAAUAUCUGGUGGGAAGAUAUGUUUUGUUUUGGGAAAGUUUGAUGAUGAUGUUUCUGAUUAGUAUUCUUGUUCAAAACCAAUGAAGUAUGAAUCAUUGUUUGUAGAUUUAUAAUAUUUUAUAUAGAAAAUAAUUAAUUCACUGAAAUUGAUGUUGUAAAAUGUACUGAUGUAAAUGUCUUAUAAUUCAUGGUGAAUUCUCCAAGAGGAAGAAUUUAAUAUUUUCAUUUGGAAGCUUUGUGUGUAUGAAUGCCACAAACUAUAUUGCUGCACCAUUCUGAGUUUUUAAAAUGAGAGCCUCACCAAUUAGAAGCAGCUUACUGUAACUACAGUAUCUGGUACUUGUGCUACAUUAGAUGAAUAUCAUUGUACUUUGCCAUAACCGAUAAUGAAUAUGUGUCUAUUUGUUCAGAGAACAAUUUCUUUACUUGGUAAGAACAUUCUUACAAUCUAUGGACAGUACAUUUCAUUGCUUACAAUUAUUUUAAUUUGAAAAUAUUUUUAAAAUGUAUUUUUAAAAGUAGCCAUAUAACUCUAUAAAAGUAUUAUAGUUCCUUUUGGAGCCACAGUAGUAUAUUCAUGUGUAUAUAAUGUACUAUAAUAUAGAGCUUUAAAAAAAAUCUGGAAAACUUAUUUAACUAAAGUGGCUCUGUCCAGUCUUGAAAUUCCAGUUAGAAUACAUGCUAAUUGUAUUAACCAAGAAAUGAAGAAUGUUACUGUGCAAUAAAUAUUAGGCAUGAAUUGUUCAGGUGUACAAGCGGAAAUGGCCAUAUAGCCCAAUGGAACCCUCUCUGCUCUUCAAUGAAUAUAAAACUUGAAAUUACUUCUAAGCUUGGGUCCAUGUAAUUCCUUUUGAUGUAGAAGAGCUUCAUUGGCAGUGUGGCAAAUCUUUAUGAACUCAAAGGGCUGUAGUCACACCAGUAGAGAUCAUACCCAGACUAUUUUGGAACGUUGAAAUAUUUACAUAUGUUCAGAGAACAUAAGACAGUGAUAGGCUCCGUGAAAGCAGUUUGUGUACAUUUGCUUGAUUAAAGGUAGUAUACAUCAUUGAAAUCCUCAUGGAAAUUGCUGCUGAGAAAUUAUGACUGUAAUCGUGGAAGUCGUACUGGCACUUUGUGAUCCUCCAUGCAGAUGUCUGGAACAGCUGAGCUGCAUUGUAGGUGGAACUGUUUAUUUUUUAACACAUUCUAGGCCAGUCUAAAUGUUUAUAAAAUAUAUCA